AUGCAGAAGUUUCUUAUACCAAAGCUAUAUCCCCACGACCCCACCAACCCCCUACUGCACACUAACCUCGCCAUGGCCCUCCUCAAACUCUCCUCCUGGGCCCGCGUCAUAACCGCCUCUUCCGCUUCCAUCGCGCUCCUGCCCGAAAACAUGAAAGCCUACUACUACCUUGCCCAAGCCCAAAUCGCACUCCACGAAACCGCGGAAGCGGUGGUGAAUUCGCGUAAAGCGCACGCGCUGUGUGUGAAGGAGAUUGAGGGGGGCGGGAAGGGGGGAGCGAGUUUGGGCGUUAUUAGUCAGUUGGUUAUGCGGUGUUUGAAGGAGGAUUGGGAGAGGAGGGAGGAGGUGCGGCUGGCGGGGUUGGAGGGGACAUUGAGGAGUGUUGUAGGGGCGUUGGAGAGGGAGAGGGAUGGGAAGAUUGCGGGACUAGGGGAUGCGGGUGUGGAGGGAGAAGGGGGAAAGGAGCGUGAGGAGGGGAUAAGGAGGGAAUAUGAGGGGAUGAUUGCGGAUGUUCGGGCGACGUUUGAAGCAGCUGGGAAGGUGGAGAGGAGGAAAGUUCCGGAUUGGGCGAUUGAUGCUAUACAAUUUGGUGUUAUGCUUGAUCCUGUUGUGACGAAAACAGGAAACUCCUACGAGCGCUCCUCCAUCAUGGAGCACCUCAAACGCUCCCCCACCGACCCCCUAACCCGCGACCCCCUGCGCGUCGAAGACCUGCGUCCAAACCUCGCUUUAAAAGCAGCUUGCGAGGAGUUUUUGAAGGAGAACGGUUGGGCUGUGGAUUGGUAA